ACUUGACAGAGCUGGGUCCGUCAGUUGCGCUCAGCGCUGCUCAGUUCGCGCGCAGGGAGGAUGGUUGUGUGAUCCAACAUGUCAACAAGACUUUUCUGCUGCUUUUAGAAGAAAAAACAUUUUUAUUUCUUUUAAGUUGUUGUUUUUAUCUUCAGUGAGAAGUCACCUGGUCAAUUAUCAAGUGGCUGAGAAGUCCUUCACUGAGGUUGACCACCUUUGGCCUCAGCAUCAUGGCCUACACUCUGGGCUCGGCGCCGGACGGGAAGACCCGCAGCAUCGGACCUCAGCACUGCGUGACCCGGGUGGAACUGUCCGUCACGGCGUCCAGCCUGCUGGACCGGGACGUGGCCUCCAAGUCCGACCCGUUCUGCGUUCUCUUCCAGGAAGUGGACGGGAACUGGGUGGAGCUGGGACGCACUGAAACGGCCGUGAACAACCUGAACCCGGUGUUCGGGGUGAAGUUUCAGGUGGAUUAUCACUUCGAGGAGAUCCAGAAGCUUCGUUUCGCCAUGUUUGACGAGGACAAGUGCGCCUCGCAGCUCUACGAGCACGACUUCCUGGGAGAAUUCAUCUGCACGCUCGGAGUGAUCGUGUCAAAUAAGAAACUCCACAGACCGCUGAUAUUAGCCAAUGGGAAACCAGCGGGGAAAGGAUCCAUCACGAUAACGGCGCAGGAGCUGUCUGACAACAGAAUCAUCACUCUGACCCUGAGUGGGCGCAAACUGGAUAAGAAG